GCUGCCGCCGCCUUCCCGACCCGCUACCUCCGCCUCCGCCUUUCUCGGGCCGGGGUGAUGGUGAAGCUCUCCGCCAAGUGCCUGCUGGCAGGUGAUCCAGCUGUGGGGAAGAGUGCUUUAGCCCAAAUGUUCCGCAGUGAUGGGGCUCAUUUUCAGAAGAACUAUACAUUGACAACGGGCAUCGAACUGUUGGUGAAGGCUAUAUCAGUUCCGGAGACAAGUGAUAGUGUGGAAUUCUUCAUUUUUGACUCUGCAGGCAAAGAUCUAUUUUCUGAGAUGCUGGAGAAACUGUGGGAGCAACCAAAUGUCCUGUGCCUUGUGUAUGAUGUCACUAAUGAGCAAUCUUUCAGCAACUGUGCCAAGUGGCUGGAAAAGCUGAGGGCACAAGCAGUUGGAAUGCACAUCCCAGGUGUCUUAGUGGGGAAUAAAACAGAUCUGGUUGGUCGUCGAGUUGUGGAACAGAAGCAAGCACAGGAAUGGGCUGACAAACAUGGCCUGGAAUACUGUGAGAUGUCUGUAAAGGAGAUGAAAAACUUUGAGGCCCCUUUCAACAUCCUGGCAAAGUCAUUCUACCAACUGUACAAAGAAAAAGUGGAAACCUUUCACUCACUAGCUUGAGGGCCGUGACUGGGAUGACUUAACUUCAGAACUUCUUCUAGUGCCCAGAAUCCUAUGGAUUGGAAUACAGAGAGAGGAAAAAAGAUGAGCUUUUUGCUUCUUCACAGUCAUCUUCUGGUAAUUCAAAAUAAACUAGAAAUAAGCGAAUGGAAAGACAUUAUUUUGGAAUUGCUACCUUAGCACCCCCUUCAUGUCCUUUACCUCGGUUCUCUGCUCACUGAAAGUCGGUUAGAUUGGAAGAGGAGGGAAUAAAAGGGGGAGGGCAGAAUGGAAAUUGCCAGCUUUUUGCCUUGAUAAUAGUGCCUUGUCUCAUGUCUGAACAAAAUUCCUGCAAGGAUGUAGAGAUUUGGAGGAGGAGAGAAGAAGCUGACAGCAUAUUUUUCAGCUUAAGCAACCCAGCACUGGUACAUACGUUGCAGGGCAGGACUGAUUCAGCCCUACUACUUGCAAAGCAUUUUCAGUAGAAAGUCUGUGGCCUGAAAUGGACACGUAGUUGGAUUGGAUUUAGGUGUGUUUCUGGGAACACCUGGAGUUUGAGGCCUAUUUUAACAGUGUUAUUCGUAUCAGUUCUAGGAUUGAUAUAGUGAUGGCUAACAUCUCUUUGUAAUGCCAAGAAUUUGGUUUUCUUCAACGGGGCUCUUCCAGUGCCGGUCUGUCUUGCACCUGUGCCAUUGUCACUUGGUAACGCAGUGCCCUCUGCUGGACCUGGGUCACAAAAUUUCUGAAGCAGCUACCUCUGAAGCAAGAAGGACUUUGUACAGUCUCACCCAAAUUGGCUUACCUGUAAAAUGAAGUCAUAUGGUGAGAAUAUGUCUUUUAUUCCAGGGGCAAGUCUAAAACUGAAAUUGCCCUUCGUUCUUCAUGCAUUUGUUAUUUUAUUUGUUUCUGUGUCAUUUUGCAUCUUGUCAGCUAAACUUACAAACAUCACGUUCACAUCUUCUCAUAGGUUUAGCUCUCCAUCCCUUACUAGCAUCAGUCACCUUUGUUGUUAAACUUUCCCUGCUUAUCCUUGAAUUUCAAAGUACAAGCCAUGAUUCUGAUUUCAGUUGUGGAAACAGGACUCAGGUUGAAAGACAAACUAGCUAAGUUAAUUUGAUUCAGCCACGUAUAAAUUUUGUAUCAGAAAGGGUAAAAGCCUGGGCAGAACACUGUGUGAGAUGGUGACAUUGCAUAUGUAAGAAUUGCUAAUACUUGCUAAUGCAGUAUAUGAAAACAUCCAGUUAUGUACUGCCUUGCAGCUGGACCUAACAUUAAAGAGUUCGAAACUGUAGCACUUCUCUUCUAGAACUAUUUUGGCCUCUCUUGGGUAAGGAAAGCUAAUUUCUGAGGAGAAUAAACACUAAGGAGUUUUUCAGGCAAGCUUUUCAGGAAUCUGUGUUUCAAUGCUUUUAUACGUAUAUUUUAUAACCACUUUUAUGCCCAGUGCUAGGAAUAUGACUGCAGAUGUUGUAGCAGAGUUUAUGAAGCACUUCAAGAAGCUGCAAUAGCAGCUGGGCUCAUUUCACUGGCAACACUAUGUUGAUGCUGGGAAUUAGCUAGGGAGCAUGAACACAAGCUAAAGAGGUUAAGCAGGCCCUGAGCUUUCUGGAAAAGAAAAUAAAUAGGCUUGUUGUUGUUUUGUUUUGUUUUUCACAAAUCCACUUGGGGGGG